ACAUGUUUGUUUUGCUUUCUGUCACUCUUUGUUUCCUUGGUUACAUUCUGUGGAUAAAACUGAUAUAUUGUAGAUUUAACCGUAUAUGGCCGUCGUCAAGAAAUAACAUUUUGCGUUCUGCGAAAGAUGUGAACUUCUUGCCGACUCCCGAGGCGUCUGGUUUGCCUAGUACGACGAGUGGAAAUGAAGCGCGCGCGUUCGAGGAAGCGCGCGUCCUGCUCGUCACGGCGCAUCCUGAUGACGAGUGCAUGUUUUUUGCGCCAGCGGUUUUAAAACUGACCGAAUCGCGAGCAGCAGUUUACCUGCUGUGUUUAUCAUCAGGCAAUUACUACAAUCAAGGCGCCCAGCGUAAAGAGGAGCUGCUUGACAGUUGUGCCGUUUUGGGAAUUCCUGCUCACCGAGUCACUGUUAUUGAAAACAAUGAUUUAAAGGAUGACCCAAUGACUGAGUGGAACAUUGCGCUGACUGCACCAUUGAUCCUUAAACACAUCACAACUCAUUCCAUUAACCUGGUGCUGACAUUUGAUGAGGGAGGAGUGAGCGGGCACGCCAAUCACAUCGCUAUCUACAAGGCACUCAGUCAUCUAGCAUUUGUCGGAAGAAUACCAAAAGGUUGUCAGGUCCUCUCCCUUCACACGAUUAGCAUCCUCAGGAAGUAUCUUUCUGUCUUUGAGCUGCCAAUCAGCUGGCUCUUACCCUCGUCUUUCUGCUGCAUCAUAGGACUGAAUGAGUACAAAAAAGCAAAGGAGGCCAUGUUGCAUCACCGCUCGCAGCUCGUUUGGUUCAGACGCCUCUAUAUCCUGUUCUCACGCUACAUGUUCGUCAACACCUUCCGAGCCAUGCCCGUGGAGAAAGAGGAUGUAAAGUUUUACUAGAAUGAAUGAACUCUAAUGAAUAUGCACUGUGACUUUCCAAACUAAAGCACUAAAUGUUUUUUUUUUUUUUUUUUUUUUUUUUAAAAUUUUCAUUAUUAUUAUUAUUAUUAUUUUAUGAAAACCCCUUCACACACAGAGAUAAAUGCACUGAAAUUCUGCUUUAAAAUUGUUUACAAUUGUUACAUGUUUUGUUAUUUACUUCUGUAAUGGCAAUUUUACAUUUCACAGUUCAAUUAAGCAAACAACACAACAGUGUAACCUCUUCUCUUUCACACACACACAGCUAUUCAUCCAACCGCAGCUGACUAACAGCUGUGAUACAACGUAAUCCGAUCUGUGACUCCACCUGGUUUCCUAAUAGUUCCCGCCCCACCAGCCGGCACUCCCGUUCUCACACACUCCAGAAGAUUAACUUCUGAGCAAUUACAGUUAUGUAACAUGUCUAGAAACUUCUAGACUAGAGCAAGUGACUACAUAAUAUUUCUAGUAACUUCAUGAAAACCUAUUAGAUAAGAGUCGAUGCUUGUGUAACAUUUCUAGUGAAUAUAAACAUAUGACCAUUUUUCUUUUAAUCCUGCCAUCUGGGUUGAGAUUGUAACUGACCAUGACCACUUUGUCUAAACUUUUAAUUUCCAAUAUGAACAAAGUUACUUAAAUGUUCACACUAUACACACAUAUUAAGUCAUCUUUUACUUCAUUUCCAACAUAAAUUAGCCGCAUUUAGAUAAACAUAAAGCAAGAAGAUCUUUCCAGUCCAACUGUUAAACUUAUAUAUUACUAUUAUAUUAUUUAAUAAUGUAAAAGUAAUACAAUAUGUGCCAGAAUAUACUAUUAUUAUUAUGACAAUGUGAAAAUGUUGUACUUACUAUACUGACAGUUUAUAUACGUAACACCAGCACAAUUUAUGUAUUUAUUUAUAGGUUUUUUUUCUUUUCUUAUUAGAUUCUGUUUUCAUAUCAGUGACAUUACCGUUUGAAAAACAUAUAUGAUUUUUAAAAUUGCACAAAUAUGUACAUUCUUAGAUAAAUACCUUUUUAUUCCAUAGAUAACAAGUUAAUUCAUCAUUAAACAAACAUCAAUAAUUUCUGAUUUUUACAUAAGUUAAAAUCAUACCUGAAGCAACGUAAAUAGGCCGGGGAAACAAUAAAAGAGCGGUUCUGUUUCUUGGUACAAUUGCUGUAACUGUAACAAUAAAACCAAGCUGUACAUUUUCAUGUCAAUGGGGUUUUACUUGCUUUUUACACACUGUAUGUUUCUUUAAAAUAAAGCAUUAAA